AUGUUCACCCCACACGCCAACCGACCCAACAAUAACCUCAUCGUCAACCCCGGCGCCUCCGACAGCGACGGAUACAGCGAUAGCGAACUCAGCGACAUGGAAGUCGAUCCGCCGAGUCGGCCGCAACGCGCCGGUAUGGGCAGUAGAUUCGACACCGCGCCGCCACCAGUGCGCUACCGCCCCUCUCAACCGCCUUACCACACUUCCCUCGAGCAGGAGAAGAAAGUGCGUAGUCGGCUACGAGAGGAACGACAUGCUGCGUUGUCGGUGUUGACGGAUCGAGAGCUCUUGACGACGCAGGCUUUGGCUGCUCAGGAGACACUCCCGCAAACCCGCCGCCGCUUUCUAUCCAAACUAAUGGCCCCCGAAGACCCCGCCGUCGCAACAUCCCUGCGCGCUGACCGCUUCAUAAUCCAACACCCCACGACAUCGGGAAUAGGUCUAUCCACCUCUUCUUCUUCCGCCGCCGCUGCAACCGGGGAAGGCGGACCCUCAUCACUCACAUCCCCGCGGUCCGGCCCCUCAUCUACCGUGCCGAUGAUCGUGCAAAGAAGGAUUGUGGACGUGUAUGAUGCUGAUGAUGCGGGGUGGCGGCGACCUCCCGAGGGAAGUGGAGGAGGUGCAGGGAGUGGCGGAUCAUCCGGGAUCGGAUCACCUGCUGGAUCUGGAUCUGGGUCAAGUCGACAGAAAGGGAAAGGGACGACGAGGACGCCGGAUCGAUCGAUGAGGGGGUCUGGGGGUGGAAGUGCGGGCACAGGGUCAGGGUCAAGCAGGACGAAGACGCCUGGGAGUUUGCGUCGGGAGAGGGAGCGGCGGAGACGGUGGAGUGGAGCGGAGAGGGAGAGGGAUGAGCGGGAGAGGAUCUCGUCGCCUUGA